UACAAAACCGCUUCGUUUUAGAGCGAGAGAGUAGCUUAUCUGACUGUGGCCCUAGUACGACUCGAGUCUCGAGACUCCGCAGCAGUGUCCGCAGAUAACUGUCGACAGUUUUAUUCUCGGAUAAACACGCGCCUUUAUAUUCGAGCCGCUCGAUCUUCCGAGUCUCGGCUCGGAGUUUGAGCCGAGUAAUACCCGACUCGUGUUUUGCCAGUUCUCGAGCAGCAUUACUCUACCGACCAACGGCAUACAGUAAUUUCUCCCUAAAAGUCGCGGGGUCGGAAUUGAAAGUGUAUUUCAAAGGACUAGAAGACACGAUUCUUCGAAUCUCAUAGCUCGCCUUUAUAGUCGCCGACAUCUCGUGUGAGAGAAAGAUCGAACGAAAAUACAUGCCUGUGGGGAACGGCAAUGGCCUGCAUACCGGUGUUACUAUAUGAAUUCAGCGGUCAUUGAGAUUGGUCUUCUUGGUAACACCAAAAGUGGUCAUUUCGUGUUAUUGUAGUUUAUUAGCAGUAUUAUUAAUCUUUAGUGUCAAGUGUUAUCAUUAGUGAUAUUAAUGAUUAGUGAUAUAUAAAUUGUGGCAGUUAAUAUCGUUAUUAGUUCUUUUUAAUCGUUUUACCGUUAAAUACAUGCACAUAUUUUUAAUAUCAAUAUUAUGCCACCAAGAAAAAUAUAUACGGUAUUAAACAUGCAGCAACGUUUGGAUGUGUUGAAGGAUCUUCGAGAAAAAAGAUUGUCGUCUAAACAAGUCGGACAGAAAUAUGGCGUUAGCAUCAGAACAAUCCAAGACAUUGUUAAGAGGGCUACAAAAAUUAAUGAGUUUGCAGAUAAAAGCAAAUACGAACUUAAGCGACGAAGAAUAACCGAGCCAGUAUACGACGAAGUAGAUAAACAAUUAUUGGCAUGGUUCGAGCAAAGAAGAGCACUUGGCGACCGUAUAACCGACAAUCUCAUAUUAGAAAAGGCGACGGAAUUGAAAGAAAAUUUGCCGUCAUGUUCGCGAUUCAAAGUGAGUCGUGGCUGGUUAACAAAAUUUAAGAAACGUCAUGGCAUAAGCUUAGUAAAGAUAUACAGGGAGAAAGCUAAUGCCGAUCAGGAUGAGGCAGAUGCUUUUGCAGUUAAUUUUAAAGAAAUAAUAGAGGAAGAGAAUAUAAAUUUGGAAAAUGUUUACAGCAUGGACGAAAGUAGACUUGCAUGGAAGGCUCUUCCGACGAAAACACUGGCUGCAGAAGAAGAAAAAUAUCUUAGUGGACAUACGGCGAGGAAAGAUACAAUUACAAUUGGCUUAUGUGCAAAUGCGUUAGGCACACAUAAGAUUAUGCCUGUUGUAAUUUACAAAUAUAAAAACCCAAGAGCUUUGGAACACGAAGUUUCAUUACCUGUAAUUUUUAAAUCGCAGACAAAUGCACGGAUGGACGGAACAUUAUUUUUAGAUUGGUUUGAAAACCAUUUCAAGCCGUCUGUAAAACAAUAUCAGGAAGAAAGACAAAUAUCAGGGAAAGUAAUCCUAUUGUUAGAUAACUGUGAAGCCCAUAAAGUUUCGCUACAAGAAGAUGAAGAUUUUACAAUUAUGUAUUUACCAGCCAAUACAACAUCUAUUCUUCAACCGAUGGAUCAAGGGAUCAUGCAGAAAACAAAAAGAGUUUUCCGCCAGAAACUCCUGCAACGUGUUUUAACGUAUGAUAGAGGAAUAAAUGAAUUUUAUGCCGACUACACGAUAAAAAACUGCAUUGACAUUUUAUCCCAAUCCUGGUCGGGAAUUACGCAAAGAGACAUUAAAAAUGCAUCGAAUAAAAUUAUUAAUCCCGCUAGUAGUUCCAUUCAGUCGAAAACAAGAGAGCUUGAACCCGAUUGGCAAGGCAUGAUAAGUGAGAUCACAAGAGAACAAUGCACCCCGGCACAUGUUACGCAAUUUUUAUUAAGCUGCGAGGAAGCAGAAAGAAUGGACGAAAACAUAGAAAUAAAAGAGGAAACGGCAGAACUUCAAGAAGAACCGCAAGAAAUAAUUUACGAAGGGAGUAACAACAAAAUUGGGAACAAUGAAUUACGUGUAAUAUUUGAGAGAUUGACAUUUUACAGUGCCAAAGCGCCAGCUUGCAUACAAUGCAUGGUGCAGGGAAUAAAAAUAUUUUUCUUGGGUAAGGAAAAUUAAAUAAGAAACAGAGGAAAACCAUCACCGUAGGCCACGAUACUAGACGAUUUCAAGGAUGAUACGCAACAAAACAAUUUAAUUUAGAAUAUAAUUUUGCACUCAUCUAAUCAUGCAAUGCAGCUUUUUAAUGUACAGUUAUUGUUAAUAUGUAUAACAAUGUAUUUUACUUAUAUAAUCACAGCGAUAAUAGAAUCGAAUGAAUUACAUAUUAAGUAUUAAGUAAAUAAGUGUAAUCGAAAUUAUAUAUCGUGUUUGAUUUUAUUUUAA